GACUCAAAAGAUAAGUAAUUGACAGCUGAUAUAAAAUUACUUAACACCCGGCUUCUACCUCUUCUUUUUUCUCCGUGGUUCUCCGCUAGCAUCCAUUUUUACGCUUCGCAGUAAGCUGUUGCGGGUUUUACAAUCUAAUAUUUUUCGGCGUGCCUUCAAAUAUCAAUUUUCAGUAAAAAUGCCAUCAGAAAAAGUAUUGAAUUUUGCUCCAGGCCCCGCAAAAGUGCCAGAAGAAGUACUUCAGCAAGCACACUCUGAGUUUUUUAAUUACAAUGGGGAAGGUAUUAGUGUUGUAGAACUUACACAUAGAAGCCCAACUUAUUCAAAAAUAAAUGACGAUGCUGAAGCUGCUCUGCGAGAGCUAUACAACAUUCCUGCAAAUUAUAAAGUUAUCUUUCUCCAAGGAGGAGGAACUGGACAGUUCAGUGCUGUCCCUUUGAAUCUUUGUUCUUCUCCUGAUGAUGUAGCAGACUAUAUUGUAACAGGUACCUGGUCUUCAAAAGCAGCUCAAGAAGCAGACAAAUACAUUAAAGUUAACAGAGUUGUACCCAAAACUUCUGUAUAUACAGGAAUUCCAGAAAAAUCAGAGUGGAAACUUUCAAAUAAUGCAAAAUAUGUAUAUUAUUGCGCUAAUGAAACAAUUCAUGGUAUUGAAUUUGAUUCUGUACCUGAAACUAAUGGUGUGCCUUUAGUAUGUGACAUGUCUUCAAAUGUGUUGACUAGAUCAAUUGAUGUGACAAAGUUUGGUGUAAUAUUUGCUGGUGCUCAAAAGAAUGCUGGUAUUCCCGGUGUGACAUUUGUGAUUGUAAGAGAAGAUUUGUUAGGCAAAAGUAUGAGAAUAUGUCCAACAGUCUUUGACUACAAAAUAAAUGCUGACAAUAAAUCUCUGUACAACACACCUCCCACUUUCAGUGUCUAUGUCUUAGGACUUGUAUUCCGAUGGGUAUUAUCUAAAGGAGGCAUAACUGCAAUGAAUGCUGCUAGUGAUUUAAAAUCUAGUCUUGUGUAUGAUGUAAUAAAUUCUUCUGAUGGAUUUUAUCAUUCUGCUAUUAAUCCCUCAAAUCGAAGUCGCAUGAACAUUCCUUUUAGAAUUGGUGGACCCAGUGGAAAUGACGAUCUUGAGAAAAAGUUUUUAGAUGAAGCAAAAAGUCACAAAAUGAUUUCUUUAAAAGGACACAGGUCUGUCGGAGGAAUAAGAAUUUCUUUAUUCAAUGCAGUUACUCUUGACGAAACCAAGGCACUGGUUGAACUAAUGAAAAGCUUCCAAGCAAAGAAUCAGUCAUGAAAAAUUCAGAGAGAAUUUAACAAAUAUAUUCUACUAUAGCCUUAUAGAUAUUUUUAUGCCUAUAUUUGAAUUAUACACUUUACAAAUUUAUAUAAUGUCAUAUUUUUUUUAUUUAAAUCUGCUUUUUAUUUUUACAUAUUUUUUAAACAUUAUUUUAAAGUAAUGGACUACUCUAUUUGAAAUUGAAAUCAAUGAUCCAAAAUUUGCAUGAAUUAUAAUCAAACUUUUGAUUUGCUCAAUGCUUUGAAUCAAGAUUAAUCUUUUAAAUUAUCCUAUUUCAAUCGGAAUUGCUUGAUAUAAUGAAUUCAUUACUUCAUAACUGUAUCAGAUGUAAUCAAUGUAAUUUUAGAUUUUAGCCAAUGUUUAGCAUUUUUCAGAUUUCUCUUAUCAAUAGCCUUUUGAUGCCAACAUUGUUGUUUUAUUUUGUAAACUUUAUACUUGUUACAUAUAUUGUCAAGUCUUUUAUCGUCAAUAAAGGACACUACUGAAUG